UUAAAAGAACACGGUUUCCUACUUUAGUUAAGGUAUAAAACUUAUUAGAAGCGGUGCUGGAGCAUUCACUCGGAUCUGAAACUCACAAUGAAAGGAAUAAUAAUAUUAUUGGUCAUCGUGUACGCGGCCGUGGGGCGGGCUCAACUAGAUGAAUGCCCUAAAGAACAGGAAACAAACUGGGAAAUCGAAUGGUUGCUCAGACACGAGGAUUGUGAAAAGUUUUAUAAAUGUACAUUCGGCAAGCCAGUUGAGAUGAGUUGUCCAGAUAAACUUUGGUUUAACCUGGAAACAUGGCGUUGCGACUGGCCACAUAAUGUAGAUUGCGAAGACCGUAAUAUUCCAACGACAUCAACCAGUUCCACAUCUACCACGACUACGACUCCGGAGCCGACCACUACACCUACUACUACUACGACUACGACUCCGGCACCAACCACUACUCCAACUACUACUACGACUACGACGCCAGAACCGACCACUACGACAACUACUACCACGACUACUACGACAACGACGCCAGCACCGACCACUACGACUACAACGCCAGAACCGACUACUACUCCCACUACUACGACUACGACAACAACUCCAGUACCGACCACUACUCCCACGACUACGACUACCACUACGACACCUUGUCCACCCCCUUCCACCACUACAACCACCACCACCGUAUCCCCAAUCGUUCAACCACCUACUGAUUUCUUGCCCAAUGGAUGCCCUGUGAACCCUCACAUUCACUGGCUGUUGCCUCACCCAACCGAUUGUAAUGCCUUCUACUACUGCGUCUGGGGAGGACUCGUAUUGAGACACUGCCCCGCCAAUUUACAUUUCAACAGAAAGAUUCAGGUUUGCGACUGGCCUUGGGACGCCGGAUGCCCAGUUUCGUUCAACAAGCACUUGACAUCCAGACUGUUACUGAGAUAAUUAUAACAGAUGACCACAAUAACUAAAACGAAUACAAAUGAGACACUGUGAAAAUUAUUUAUAUUUACAUUUUAUUUUUUACAUAUUUUAUACCUGACAGUAUUUUUUAUGAAUAAAAUCUAAGCAAGCUUUAA